AUUCAACAUUUACAUGUGGUUUGCACGAGGAAGUCGAAGUUAGACUCAUUUAUCCCUUGGAAGACUGAUACAGAUUGAGUAGUACUCCGAGGAACACCGCUAGAUUUUCACAAUGACUGACGUUGUGCAUCCAGUAGAUGAUAACAAAAACAUCCAUAAAAAUGGCAUGAUCAUGUCAGAGAAAGAUGUGGAGAUUCAGCUAAACGGACAAUAUGGGAGUCCUCAAAAUGGGAGAUCUGUGACUCAACCACUGUUAAGUAACGGCACCUCCAAAUCACGGCAUCACACUAGGGAGACGAGCGACCCCUGGCUGUGCUCAGAGGACAUCAAGACACCAGCUACAGACUUAGAUGUGAUCACUCCAGCCGAGUCACAUUGGACAGUAGAAUGUUCAGAGCCUGUCAAACUACGGAUGACAGAAAGCGGACCAGGGGCAAAGAAACCGAGGACCGUAGCUAGCGUGUUUCUGGAGACUGUGAGAAAAGAGCCCACCAGAAUUGCCUUAGCUCGCAAAGAAGGAAAUGCCUGGAAAACCUGGACAUACCAACAGUAUUACUCUGAUGUGAGGAAAGCAGCCAAGGGCUUAAUAAAGCUUGGCCUGGAGCCUUUUCACGGUGUGGGUAUCUUAGGCUUCAACAGUCCAGAAUGGUUCAUCGCAGACCUGGGAGCCAUCUUUGCUGGUGGAUUAGCCGUGGGCAUCUACACCACGAAUUCGCCAGAGGCUUGCCAGUAUGUGGCUGAGGACUCUGAGGCUAAUGUGAUCGUGGUAGAGAACACCCAGCAGCUGAAGAAGAUCUUACAGGUGAAGGACAAGCUGCCCAAUCUGAAAGCUGUCGUACAGUAUAGUGGAGAGAUCGAGGAAAAACAGCCAGGGUUUCUCUACAGUUGGUCAGAAUUUAUAGAGCUGUCAAAUGAUGUGUCAGAUGACCAGCUUGACGAGAGGCUUGCACUGCUGGCACCAAACAAGUGUUGUACACUUAUAUACACCUCUGGUACAACUGGUAACCCCAAGGGGGUUAUGCUGAGUCAUGAUAAUUUUACAUGGACAGCAAAGCAGACAACACAGAUGGUUAAUCUUCAGCACGGUUCUGAGGUGCUAGUGAGUUACCUCCCCCUGAGUCACGUAGCUGCACAACUACUGGACAUCCACAUCCCUAUAGCCAUCGCAGGUAGCGUGUACUUUGCCCAGCCAGAUGCUCUUAAGGGUUCUCUGGUAAAUACCUUGAAGGAAGUACGUCCAACAUCAUUUUUGGGUGUGCCUCGAGUAUGGGAGAAAAUAGAAGAGAAGAUGAAGACGUUGGGCCUGAGGACAACUGGUCUCAAACGAAUCAUCGGCAACUGGGCUAAGCGUAUUGGUCUGAAAGGAAAUUACAGCAAACUGAAUGGUGGUGGGACACCAUUUGGCUGGACGUUGGCAAAUAUACUUGUCUUUAAGAAGGUGGCAGUUGCUCUGGGGUUAGACCGAUGUAAAUUCUGCUUGAGCGGUGCUGCACCCAUCUCCCGGGAGACGGUGGACUAUUUUCUGAGCCUGAACAUCCCACUGAGGGAGGUGUAUGGAAUGAGCGAGUCCACAGGUCCCCACACAGUGAACAUACCAGGUUAUCACAGGAUUGGUAGUGCUGGUAUUGACUUUCACGGUGCUCAGACAAAGAUCCUCAGCCCCGAUGAGGAGGGCAAUGGAGAGAUUGGUAUGCUGGGCCGCCAUGUGUUCAUGGGCUAUUUGAAAAACGAGGAGAAAACUAAAGAGGCUCUUGACGAAGAGGGAAUUCUUCACACUGGAGACAUUGGCAGACAGGACAAGGAUGGCUUCCUUUUCAUCACAGGGAGAAUCAAAGAGCUGAUCAUCACAGGCGGAGGAGAGAAUGUGGCCCCUGUGCCCAUAGAGGACAAUGUUAAGGAAGCUCUGCCAGUCGUCAGUAACUGUAUGCUUAUCGGGGACAAGAGAAAGUUCCUCUCCCUACUUAUCACGUUAAAGACUGAGGUAGACACUGAGACCAUGAUGCCCACAGAUGAGCUCACAGAGCAGGCUAAAUGGUGGUGCCAGGCACAAUCUCACCCAGCUACCUCACUCAAGGAAAUCCUCGAAUCCAAGCCCGAGGCUAUCUACAAGGCGAUCCAGGCGGGUAUUGACAAGGCCAAUGCCAAGUCUGUAUCCAGGGCACAAAAGAUUCAAAAGUUUACCAUCCUGCCUCGUGACUUUUCCAUACCUGGGGGAGAGUUGGGUCCCUCUCUCAAACUGAAGCGACCUGUGGUGAACAAGAUGUAUGCUGAUGUGAUAGAGGAGUUCUACACGGAGACAUGAGUCUUACAUUUGGUCUACAUUUGUUUGUGUUCUUUUUUUUUUUCCACACCUAUAAAUAGCUGUGCAUGUGUGAUUGAUCUAACAAAGACUGUGCUCAAGUUUGCAAUGUGUAAGCCAGCCUAUUCUUGACAAUACACCUGUAGAAUACAAAUUGGGGUUGAGCACUGGGCCUUGCAAAGUUUUCUCCCUUGGACUCAGGCUGGAGUUAUAAUAGCCCUGAACACUGUUCAGUCUAGCAGUGUACAUAUGAUGUGCCACAGAACUGAAUAGAUUCAGCAUUGACUAGACACAGUUUUGGUUUAUGUCACAGAUAUGAUCGAGUCCAUGUCUCCCUUGAUAUCACCAAGGUUUGUUUACAUAUAUAUUUAAAUGGAGUGUUCACACUCACAAGUGUAGCAUGCGCAUCUCCCUUUCACGUGAAAGGAAAACCAUAUUUGUAUAACUUUUGUGCCGUUUUAUUUUUGGAAGAUUGUGAAACAGUUUAAUUUUUUAUAAACCAAAAGCAGCAUUCCAUGUAGUAUAACUAAAACCUGACUGGAUAAUUGAUAAUUUCAGGCACUUUGCCUGUCAGCAUAUUUGCUGAUUAUCAUGUAUAUUAUAUUUCCCUAGGGACCACACUUCCCUAAGUUUUCAUUUGCAUGGGAUAGAAACAGAAGAUGUAUGAUUCAUUUUGUCACCAAAAUACAACCUAUUUAUAAAUUUGCAUGGUUUAUUUUCACCUUCAUGUACUAUCUGUGAAUAACUGUCCAAAAUCAAGACCAAUCACGUGCCUGUCACAUACUAAUCCAUGUUGAAUUUUAUGUAGUUAAACAGAGGUGGUCUAUGGGGACAUCUGCAACUGUACCUAGUUCAUGUAUGUAAAAAUCUAAAGUGACUUGCAUGUUACUGAAUUUAGCACAAGCAACUUGGGUUAAACAUUUUGCUGGACACACAGUUUUGACAUGCCCAUGGGCAAGGGGAGUAACUCUGUCAGACUGUUCCUGUCUACUCAUUGUUAAAAGGCAGACUGGUUUGGUGGUGUUACAAAAUUUGAAUACACAGUUUUGACAUGCCCAUGGGCAAGGGGAGUAACUCUGUCAGACUGCUCCAGUCUACUCAUUGUUAAAAGGCAGACUGGUUUGGUGGUGUUACAAAUUUGAAUAUUCAUAGGCCAGUUUAAAAGAAGGUAGUGCUAUGAGCUCCAUACUUGGACCCAGCAGUUUCUUGAUGCCAUUUGUGAGAGCUGUCACUGAUAAUUAUCACCCUUGUAGCCCUGCUCUCAUCCCAUCCGUUUUCUUCUGUAAAUAACCAUCUGUCAUUAAAGUCACAUUUACAUGUACAGGAAAAGCUUGUUUGUCAUGCAAUUGUUUGGGGGAAAAAAAUAUGUUUUUGUAAAUAUAUAUAAAAUAUAUUAUGAACUGUAAGAACUUGCAGCGAUCACCAUUUUGAGAAGAUAUUUUGCUUUCAGCAAAAUGAUAUAUGUUUAUGUGAGAUAUUAUUCAAAGUUUUUGAAUCAACCAUUGAACUUUACAUUUGUGUUGAUGCGAAAGUUGUGGGAAAACCAAUCAGGGGAUCUAAUUCGAUAAGCUGCUCAAGGUGAUUUUGUUAAGAUGCUGUGUUCAUACUUAGUCCUGUUUGUUCGCACAUGGUUAUGUCUGAAUUACACUUUUCCAGACACGUCAUUUCAUUUGUGAUGAUAGGACCUUCUGUUACUAAUUUACCUUUCUUUCUUUCUUUCUUUGUCUCUCACUCCUAAAACAUCUGACGAUCGAGGUAUCAUACUUCUAAUUUCCACCACCCAUGUGGUCGAAUGUUCAGAGUGAGUACAGUAUGAGUACAGUAUAAAACAUUUGAUAAAUACAAAAGUUAAAUUGCCUUUUUGCUAUGCUUGACUCAGAUUUGACCAAUAUUUAAGCUGUACAGUUAAGAGGUCUGUGGGAACGUCUUAUCCAUUUGACACAGUGAUGUAAAGAUUGUGUGAAGGGCAGUAUUCUCAGUGCUUGUUCAGAAUAUUUUUUUACCAUAAGGUUCUAUAAAUCACACUUGACCACCACUCAUAAAUAUCUAAAACAUUACUUUGUUUUUUGUUUGUUCAAAUCAUUAUUUAAAAUCCUGACAUUAUUUACAACUUCACCAUCUUUCAGAUAUCUUUUGUUGAAACAGAAUUUCGAUGCUGCUUAUUAAGCUCGCUAGAUUUUUUUUUUUUUUUUUCUGCAUUAAAAUGUUGGUAUUCAUAUUGUUUAUUUGAUGUGUCCAAUAGUUAUUGAACAAGGAUCCUGCAAGACCUGGGUUAUUUGAUCUGCUGGUUGUUAUUUGUGUUUAACAUUGUGUAUCAAAGAACUCAUCAUUGCGUUAUCAGAAUUGCAUAAUAUCUAUAUUUACAAGCUUAUAUGAUAUAUUUUUCAGAGAUGUAUCUAACCAUUAAUUUAUUUUUGCUAGGUGAUUUAAUAUUGCCAAGUUAACAACUUUCCCGUCAACAUAUUGCAGAUGAACCUAACUGAAUUUUUAACCAUUUCCAUUUUUUUUUUUUCUUCAUUAAUUACCCGUAAAUUAAAACCCAAACAACUUUCCUCGUAUAUUACAAAUGCAUAAUAGUUUUACUGAUUUAAAUUAAAAUGGAACACAUCACCUCUUUUCAUGCUCAAGAAAUAAACAACUUUUGGAGAUUUUUAUUAUAUACAAGCAAAAAUUGUUUAUUGCUGGCAGGGUUUUGUAUAAAUUUCUGAAUGAAAUUGCAUUUCACAAGCUUCGAUUGUCUUCCUUAAAAUGGUUUUCCUCACAAACAGAGCUUGAUUUGUUUAUUUAUUUUAUUUUUUUUUUAAUUAUUAUUUUUGUAGUGGACCAGAUAUUGUAGUGGGUAUUUGCAAAUUCAGACAGAUUUUUUUUUUUUUUUUUUUAAUAUGAACUUGUUAACCUUUGUUGUAUAAUGUGUUCUGUGUAUAAUGUAUAAUUCUGUAUCAUCGCAUAAACAGUCUAUGUUAAUUCAAGGAGGACUGUAGACUUGCGUUUGUUCAAUGGUGAUAUUACCACCAUAAUCAGAAUUUUGAAUGGUGGAUGUUUUUUUUCAGAGCAGGAAGAGGCUAGCUAACAUUUUAUAGAUUGUUAUUAAUAUUGUCCAGAGUAUAGACAUACAAAGUCUUACAUAGUGUGUAAUAUCAGGGUGUGCAUUUCGGAUAAAUGCCUUUACCCCCUUCACCUGCCCAGGUUAUAUUUGUACUAUUACCCAGAUUGCUUGGAGUGCACCGCUGGACCUGCGUUCUCACUGUGUUGAACUGAAUGCGACAUUACAAAAUAUUAUGUGAGUUUAGCAAUACUGUAUAAAUAGUAUACACAAAUAUGUUUGACUUCCCAAAUACAGGUUCAGACUUGCAAGGUGACUUGCCUCAGAACAUUUUUUUAUUAAAACAUUUUUCAUAAAUAAAAACCAGAAAAAGAACUAUA